GAGAAAAAAAGGUAAUUACAGUACUUUAAAAGAAGGCCAUUAUUUACAGUAAUUUACUGUAAACAGCUAAGCAUCUUGGGAAGGUGAAAGAAAAGUGCGGGUUCAAACAUUUAAAAGUUAACCGAUGUAACAAGAUGUUUUUGUUGUCUUAUAAAAGAUGGUUUUGCAGCUUGUGUUUUCUUUUUGUUGAUUUCAAUCUUGGAGCACAUCUGCCAGCCGGUCUCUGCCACCACAAAGCCACAGCCGCACUACAACCUGCUCAGCCUUUUGUCACAGAUGUCCAGAGCCGCACGGACACCUCAACCUUCUCUGAGUCCAAUGACGCAGACUAACCAGCGAUGGAUGAUGAGCAGAGAAAAAGAGAACCUGGAUUGGCAUCCAUCCUGAGAGGGGCACAAAAGCAUGCCAUAAGAAAGUGCAGAGCAAGAAGAGUGAGAUGAUGGUCAAAAAGAAGGCAACAUAAUACCUGGAGUGACGUGAUUAUGGUGAAAGAAGGCACAGUUGUCACCCUGCACUGCUCUGAAGAGUCCCCUGUAACUCCCAGGCAGGUCACGUGGCUGAAGAUGCCAGCCAAGGGGAUGAAAUGGACGACGCUGAUUUCAGUGAACGUUAAAGGAGAUGGAAGGCAGAUGAUGCAUCAGGCAGGCAGAACCCUGGAAAUAUCCGAUAACAUUUUCUUGCGAUUUACUGCCACAGUGGAAAGUGGAGGACUUUAUUCUUGCCUGCUGGAGAAGGAAGGCAGGAAGUUCAAAGAGAGGAUUGUUCUUCUGGCUGUUAUUAAAUUGACCCUAGUUCCAGUUCCUGUCAUUCCCAUUAGCAGUACUGCAAGGCUGAAAGCUGAAGUCUCUCCCUCUUACGCCGUAGCGGGUGGGACGUGGAUUUCACACACCGGUACCCCGUUACUCACUGACGUGUCCUCGACAGGCACCCUGCUCACCAAACUGCCCUGUGUCACCCGCAGUGACAGCGGCACAUACAGGUGCAACAUUACUGUGGACGGCCAAAGCAGCAAACCUGUCUACAGCUACACACUCAAUGUGACGGUGUAUGAGAAGCAAGUGGCAUCGUUCCCAAAUAUUACGUAUGGACCAUCGCGCAGUCUGGCAGCCCUGUCUCAGUCAGCUGUCACACUCCCCUGCGCCAAUAUCAUUGGUGACUACGUCUUCCUCUACUGGUGGGGCCCAGAUAAGACGAACGCACAACCAAAGCUGAUCUUCCAGUUUGACCGCUGGAGGGAUUCCAGGAAGCAGUUUAAUCCCCACCUCCAGCUGCACAACCAAUCCUCUGUGCCUUCUGGGAACUUCUCCUUCCUCCUGAGGCCGGAGUUGAGAGACGCAGGUCGCUAUCAGUGUGAGGUCUUCAGGGACGACCAGGUUUUUGCCCAGGUCACAGUACUGACUGUUUUAAACGGCUCUAGCACAUCCUCCUCCUCCUCUAUACAGCUGACCUGUUCGUAUGCCCAGCGUUCUCAAGUAGUUUCUGUAAAAUGGUCGCACAUCCAGAGGCCUGAACACCAGCUGCCUUCAAGUGGGCUUCUGGGUCGGAUAUUCAUCUCAAUAGAUCUCCCAAUAACCCCAGCUACAGCCGGCCAGUACGUCUGCACUCUUAAACUAAAAAACGGCCAAACAGUCAAAUAUAUCUACACUGCUGUGAUGCCUCAUACAGAGCCACCUUGCUGUGUGAGCGAGCUGCCUAUGGAACCAACCAACAACUCUUUGCUGCAGCCUACUGACGGUAACGGUACAGCCGAGCCAUCCAUUCUUCUCCCGUCUCUUUCUCUUCUUCUCUUUUUGGUGCCCAUGGUUGCUGUUGCUGUCGGAGUGUUGCUAUGGAGACGAGGACCUUGCACCUUCCCUCAGAAUGUGACGCGUACUCUGUCUCACUACUCUGGAGAAGUGGAGAACAUCUAUGAAAAUCCUGACGACUUGAGACAGACACUUCCACAAAAUGACGUGUAUAUGGAUCUGAAGCUCACAGGCGAGACGGAUGUUUACAGGGAAUUGGACAGAUAUGACAAGUGUUGUGGUUAAGUUUACACACUUGGAUGAAUAUAAGGUGCCAAUGAAAAUGUAUUUUAUGCCAUCAUGGAAGCUUUGAUGUUUAUCACAGAAGACAUAUACAUCGUGUUGCUAAUGGUGAUAACUGCACACACUGAUGAUGAAUCAUAAUAAAAUCAUCGUUAUGGGUUUUGAA